CAGUGCAGCGCUGAAUGCUGAUACUCGUAGUGAUAAAUCAAAGUGCUGAUCUUUACGGCUUUACCGUUUAUGAAUUUUCUUAUUUUUAUGGUUUCCUAGUGUCGUGUCGAUUAUUGUAGGUUUAUCAGAUUGUAGACAUAGUACUUCGAUCGUAUUCUAACAGUUACGACCAUAAAGAGGCGUUUGGACUGUCUGAGACUCGCGCCGAUGUUGGUUGAUCAUAUUUGCCUGGCUAAAGGCUAAAGCGGGCUUUCCUGAAGCCCGUAAAGGAUCAGCGAGAGGCCGAGAGCCCCUCGUCGACCAGCGUAAGCUGCACCGUUCACGAUCUCGCCCGUGCAGCGCCGAUCCCAAACACAGACAGCCAAGCGCCUCUUCUGGCCCAUCAGCAGCAUCUCAGCGAGGCCAUGGAAGGCGUCGAUCAGACGAAUCUGCUCAGCGAUACGGGCGCUCACGAAGACAGCAUGCAGCAGGACCGUUGCGCUGUAUGCCUGGAAGUUGCAUCCGGUUUGUGUUGCGGAGUGCUGACGUGUAUUCCUUGCAAGAGCUUUUUUAUGGCCAACUGGAAUAAAACGACUUUGACAUGUAAAGGAAGCGGUCAGUGUGCGGUGGAAAAUGUUCGUCUCAAGUCGUGCAGCAAAUGUCGUUUGGAGAGAUGUCUAGCAGUCGGCAUGGAUAAAAGGAAAUCUUUGAAACAUCCAGACCGCGCUCGGCUAGAAGCGGAGCUCUUGGGACUGCGCAACCCACAAAACCCUACUGCCUUUGCCAAAAUGGCUAUCAGAGCUGUCGUUCGCAAUGCCCACAGUGUGGACGACUUGGAAAAACUACUCCGUGCAGUGCAGGAAGAAGAUUCUGCAGAAACCGCAUGCGUGCCGUUCCCGCAUAAAUUUCUCAAGGUGAACGAAAACGAGGUUUUGAGUCAUGUUCUGACCGCACGGAUAUUCCGUUGGAAUCGUGUGGCAGCGAGCAAAGUUGUUUCUUCACAUAACUGCACGGUGGAUACGAGUGCCGUUUGCAUUAAUCCUUACCAUUAUUGCAAGGCAGGGAAGCCGGGGCCGGCUGGACAAGUCUGUGUUGUUGCCAGUUGCAAUAAUUACACUGGAAGUCAUGCUAACGUGGGAUUUUUCCGUCUGCCGGACAGAACAGCAAACGAAGAGCGAUAUUUGCAGUUUUUUUCCUUGUGCGCUCGUCAAGAUUUGGAUAAGACGGGAUUUACCAAGCACCACCGUAUUUGUGGAGAGCAUUUUCUUGAAUCGGAUUUUGUUCAAAUCAGUGGAAAGCGCCGGAAGCUGAACAAUACGGCAUUACCAUCACAGCUUAUGCCAAAGCCAAUCAGAAUCGCUCCCUUGAGAAGAGACAAUGCCCGUUUGGGUUUUGAAAAAACCGAGGAGAAGAAAAACCUCAACAGUUUUAUUGCGCAAUGAUGAUGUGGUGCACGGGGCAAAUAUGUGUAUCUCAGCAAGCGUAAAACGAAAACGUAACUGAAAAGCCACACUCUGUGUAGCUAAAUGGAUGGAUCUUCGGAUUUUGAAAGAUAGCCUACAUCGAGCGCGGUUUGGAUUUGGAUGGGUGACCACUCUGAGUUCAGGCUGCGAGUGCAUGGCCCGCAAGGCUGUGUGCGAAGUGGUUAGUCGGCAUCAGCGCUGACCGUACGGAGUGGCGUGUACGUUUCCUCGACGCCUGUGGUCAAUACGGAUUCUACGUGGAUCAACUCACCACUUCGCUGCCGUACGUGGACGUACGAAGGGGCCUCAACUUCGACUCAACUUUGAUACGGAUGCGAUAUAGAGUGAUACUGAUCUUGUUGUUCUGUGGCUUUGUGCCUUGUGCAAAAACACAGCCGGUACUUUGCGAUUGCUUUAUGCGGCUAGUUGUUUCGAAAACGUAGCUUUGUGCCCGUAUUAGCCUACAGCAAUUCUGUGACGUGUUGCUUCUCUAGCGUUCGUAUUACUGGUGUUUAACGAGUUGUGGUGACUUGACUAGCCUUAGCAUAUUUGAUGUUCUUCAACGGAUAAGGAUAUGUGAGAGUGCCCGUUUACGGGCUUGGCUACUCGAAAUUAAAUCAAUCAAUCAAUCAAUCAAAA